AGAAACGCAUGGACGAUAAUCUCAAGUUAUAUCUCUCUUCAAAAUGUCGAAACCACGGAUGUUGAAUGUGUUUAUAGCUAAGCGAUUAAUAUCUGCAGCCGUUAACAUAUUUGGGAUAGAGGAAAAGUGGAUAGCCCAGUACCAGCAGCAACUAGCAGCAGUGACUGUUGAGAUAAUGGCAGCGGUGGAAAAGACGAUAGAACAAGAGCUCUCCCGUUCAAAGGAGGAGAAUGAACGUCUACGGAGGCUUCUUCUGGAGUUGGGAGCAGACCCCCAGCAGCUAACUGUCCCUGAAGAGGUUCCUCCUGAGCAGCAGCAGGAAUGGAGCACCAGUCUGGGGCAGGAGGACCCAGAGCCCACACAGAUUAAAGAGGAACAGGAGGAACUCAGGACCAGUCAGGAGGAAGAGCAGCUUCACAGACUUGAGUCUGAUCCCACAGAUGUUGUAGAGUUCAUAUUUACUGCUCCUCCCUGUGUGGAAAUAGACUCUGAUCAGGACAGAGAGAGGGAGAGGGACUCUCUACCCACCAACACAACUGAACAGAUCCAAACAGAACCUGAUGGAGAGGACUACAGAGUAUCAGAACUAACCAGUGACUCUCUGCUCCUCUCUGCAGUAAAUCCAGACUGUUCUGCAGCUCACAGUGAAAUCAUUGUAAGUGUGGAUGAAGACGAGAGUGAAGAAGUUCUGUCAGAGUUAAAGACCCUCAAAUCAAGGAGGACACAGGCAGAGAAACGACAAAGCUCUCAAGUCUGCCCUGAGGCCAAGACAACCAGUGAGCUGAAAGAACCAUUGAAGUCUCACACAACUAAGACACCAUUCAAGUGUCCUGUGUGCAGUAAACGCUAUAAGACACUAGGCGGUUUAAAAACACAUCAGAGAAUUCACUCAACUAAAAAUAAUUAUCACUGCAAGAAAUGUGGCAAAUCCUUCAACUUGUCGCAGCAGUGGAAGAAACAUAUGAAGAAUCACACAGAGGAGGAAUCACCUACAUGUCAUGUGUGCAGUAAAAGCUUUAAACUACCAAACCAUCUGAAAACUCAUAUGAGAUGCCACACCAUAGAGAAAUCCAUUCAGUGUUCAACAUGUGAAAAACGCUUUAAAUCAGAGAAAGACCUAGAGAUUCACCAGAGAAUUCACACUGGAGAGAAACCGUAUCAGUGUCCAACAUGUAAAAAAUGCUUUCAAUCAACAAAAUAUCUGAAGAGUCAUCAGAGAAUUCACGCUGGAGAGAAACCGUGUCAGUGUCCGACAUGUGAAAAAUGCUUUAAAUCAGCUAAAUAUCUAAAGAGUCACCAGAGAAUUCACACUGGAGUGAAACCGUAUCAGUGUCCGACAUGUGAAAAAUGCUUUAUGUUUGCAAAAGACCUAAAGAGUCACCAGAGAAUUCACACUGAAGAGAAACUCUACCACUGUCCAACAUGUGAAAAAUGCUUCAAGUCAAAAUCUGAUCUUAAACACCACAAGAAAAUUCACGCUGGUGAAUAUAACUGCAAGGAUUGCAACAAGUGUUACCGGACCAAGACGGGCUUAGAAGAGCAUUUGAGGACUCACACAGGGGAGAAACCAUAUAAGUGUUCUGUGUGUGAAAAGUGUUUUACUUCAACAACCAUUCUAAAACGCCACCAGAGAACUCACAGUGGAGAGAAACCACAUGGAUGCACACAAUGCAACAAAUGCUUCCCCAUCAAAUCAGACCUGGUUAAACACAUGAGAAUUCACACAGGGGAGAAACCUUUUAGCUGCAAAGAAUGUGGCAAAUGUUUCAGUCAUAGCAUUAGUCUGAGACUGCACAUGAGAACGCACACAGGGGUGAAACCAUAUAGCUGUAAAGAAUGUGGCAAAUGUUUUUCUGUUAACAGUAACCUGAGAAUGCACAUGAAAAUUCACACAGGAGAGAAAUCGUUUUGUUGCCAAGAAUGUGGUAAAUGUUUCCGUCAUAAAAUUAGCCUGAGACUGCAUAUGAUGACUCACAGUGGUGGAGAGAAUCUACAUGGAUGCACUCAAUGCAACAAACGCUUUCCCAUCAAAUCACUCCUGGUUAAACACAUCAGAACGCACACAGGGGAGAAAUCUUAUAGCUGCAAAGAAUGUGCCAAAUGUUUUCUUCAUAACAUUAGCCUGAGACUGCACAUGAGAACGCACACAGGGGAGAAAUCAUAUACCUGCAAAGCAUGUGGCAAAUGUUUCCAACACAAUAUGGUUCUGACAAGGCAUAUGAGAACUCACACAGGAGAGAAUCCAUAUAAGUGUCCUCUUUGUGUCAAUUCUUUUAUGUCAUCAAGGGGACUAAAACAUAAACAGCAAAUUCACCUGGGAGGGAAACCAGAGACCGACCAACCAGAGAAACCAUCGUGCCUCUGCAGCAAUUGUGGCAAAUGCUUCCCAACUAUGAAAACCCUGAGAGACCAUAUGAGGACCACACACGAAGAAAGAAGGCAUCAGUGCUCUGUUUGUGGAGAUUUUUUUAUAUCAUUGGGUUCUCUUAAAGUUCACCAGAGAAUUCACACUGGAGAGAAACCCCACCAGUGCUCUGUUUGUGGAAAAUAUUUUGCAUUGUAGUGAUGACAGACAGCUGUUGGUCAGAGCACUUCUCUGGAGCCGCUGAGCCACAGGAGCGCAUUUCAAUCCUAUAGUAGGACUCAUUGCGGCCAGCAGGUAAAACAAACAACUAAAAUGAACGAUUAAAACAAACAACUAAAAUGAACGAGUCACUCAGAAAAACGAAUCAUGACUCUCAAGUCAGUAAAAAUAGUUGUUCACAAAGAAGGAAUCGUUUGCGAACUACACAUCACUAUUGCUUUGUCAGGUUAUCUAAAGCUCCACCAGGGAAUUCACUCUAGAGAGAAACAUUGUCAGGUUAUUUUUAAUAAAUUUGCA